CUCUCACACCUCUCUAUAACUUUCUUCUCCACUGCCUCUACUUUCCUCUCUCUGCACUUUACCUUAAUCCCUAAGUCUUCUUUACCUUCUUCUUCUUCCUUCCAUUUGUUCUGCUAACAAAAAGAACAUUGAAGCCAGGGCUUCAUUCUGUCUACUCUAUGUGUUCUUCAAUGGCAGAGAGUGAGACAGAGUCUAAUUACAGCAAACACCAAAAGUUGGUCCCAGAACAAAACCAUGAAAACCCAAGUAAGUUUUACAAUCAUUUUCUAUACAAAGUUGCACUAGUUGUAGUUUUCUUUGUUAUUCUCCCACUUUUUCCUUCACAAGCUCCUGAGUUCUUCAACCAAAGUGUACUCACCAGAAGCUGGGAGCUCCUGCACCUUCUCCUUGUUGGCAUAGCAGUCUCUUAUGGGCUUUUUAGCAGAAGAAAUGACAUAACAGAGAAGGAAAACACUAACGCAAAAUUCGAUAAUGCUCAUUCGUAUGUGUCUAGAUUUCUUCAGGUGUCUUCAGUUUUUGAUGAUGAGACUGAAAUUCCAUCUGGCUCUGAUGAGAACAAGGUCCAGUCAUGGAGUAGUCAGUAUUACAGGAACGAACCGGUGGUGGUUGUAGCUCAAGAACACUCUGCUCUUGAUGAACAGAGAGGUACCGCUUCAAGAAUUGGUGAAAAGCCAUUGCUUUUGCCUGUUAGGAGCUUAAAACAACAUGUUCCUGACACGGCUAAUAUAGGGUCUGUUAAUGAAUCUAGUGCCAGUUCUGGUUCUCUAAGUAGGUCUAACUCAAGGUCAGGCUCGAGAAGGUUUUCGAGCAAAUCGAAUAACAAGGCUCUGGGUGGUGAAUUUGGAGGGUUGGAUCAUCAAGAAUUGGAGGAGAAGAAGGAAAGUGUUGUGCUUCCUUCUCCAAUUCCAUGGAGAUCAAGAUCAGGAAGGAUGGAUGUGAAGGAAGAAAAUGUUAACAGUCCUCCAAUGGAGGAAUUUGAGCUUAACCGCCAAGAGUCUUGGGGUUCGAGGUCCCAAGGUUCUCGAUCUUCGAGAUCGAAUUCCAUGUCUUCAUCCCCAAAGCUGUCUCCUUCGCCAUCACUUUCAUCUCCAAAGAAGGCAUCCCCUUUGCCUUCAUUGUCAUCGGAGUCUCAAGCCAAGAAUGCCGAGGAUUUGGGGAGGAAGAAGAGCUUUUACAAGUCCUGUCCUCCCCCGCCUCCGCCUCCCCCGCCAAUGUUUUAUAAGUCAUCAUCAAUGAGAUCAAACAGAGAUGGGGUUUUGUAUGAGAAGGACUUGAGGAGAAGCUUCAGUAGUGAAACAAGGGACUUGAAUAGGAGCAAUGGAGAAUAUGUGAUGGGGAGAGUGAACUCAGGGGUUGAAACCAUGCAUCAAAGCUAUGUUGAUGGUUUAUCAAUGGGGAAAUCAAUGAGAACAAGCAGAGUUGAAGAAAAUAGGGCAGGGGCCCUGAGAUCAGGCAGAGAGAUGGGGGAGUAUGGAUAUGUAAAUGGCAAUGUGGAGAAAAACUUCAAGCAAGUUGAAGAAAAUUUGGUGGAGAAAGCUGCAAGAAAGAGGGUGGGAUUUGAUGAAACUUCUUUUAUUGGGACUGAGAACUUGGGGAAUGAAAGCAUCCCCAACAUGCCAAACUCAGCUUUCAAUGGAUUUUCAGAGGAGGAGAAAGAAGAUUUUCUCGACAGCGUGGUUAUGGAAUCGGAGGAAGAAACAGAAAGUGAGGAUGACAACUUUGGAGUAAGUUUGAUCCAGAAAGACAUUGGAGAGACCCCAAAGCCAACUCCAAGGAAUUUCGUUUCGGCUUCUAGCAGUGGAAGUGAUGGAGGGCCUGAUGUGGAUAAGAAAGCUGAUGAGUUCAUAGCCAAGUUCAGGGAGCAGAUUAGGCUUCAGAGAAUAGAUUCUAUCAAGAAAUCGAGUGCUCAGAUUAGUAGAAACUUGUCAAGGUAAACAGGAGGAAUUAAUUAAACUUGGUGAUUAUAGUUCCCUUUCGUUGGGUUUUAUGUUCCAAUUGACUUGGUACCAUAGCUUGUGUUUCAAAAUUAUGAUCAUGGUAUACAAAGAUUUAUAUGUUUUCUUUUUUUCUUUUUCUUUUUUGUUUUUGGUAUGGACAGUACACCAAUUGCACUGGUUAAUAAAAAUUUACCCUCUUUGUUA